ACCUUACGUAAGCUUCAGUAUUCAUGAGCAGCGUAGUUACGCUUACCUCGCAAUUCUCAGACCAUUCAGAAAGUUGGCUCGACAAACUCUCAAGAGCAGCCACAAGAAAAUUAUAGCCAACAGAACAUUGGAUUACAUUGAAAAUCUCUUGGGAAACAUGCAAUCUACAGUUUUUACUAUCUUGUUUGUCAAAGUAUGUUUAACUUUACAUGGAAUUACAGCAGUGUUAGCUGAACUUCCAAGUCCCAGUAACAUCAGGAUUAACUCUGUCAACAUGGGACUAGUGUUGGAGUGGGAUGCACCUCAGAACCACACAGAAAACGUAACCUACAGAGCAGAGUACAGGGGCUUGGUCAGCAGCUAUGAGGUUGUAUGUUGGAACACAACAGCCCAAAGCUGUGACUUCACCAGUCAUCUAAACAAAUUUGGAGUGUACGUUUUCCAAGUGAGGGCAGAACGAGAGGGGGACACAUCUCGCUGGAUGAAGACUGAGCAGUUUGUCAUGGAUGAACACACCACUCUAGGCCCUCCCGGUGUGACGCUCGUCUCCAGUGGUGCUGACAUUGAAGUGAGCAUCAACGACCCAGUGCUCAGGAUCUCCGAGUUCAAAGAUGUAUACGACCACGCAACCUUUAACAUCACCUACUGGAAAGACGGUCAGGAGGAGAAGGCCAAAAUUAUGAAUGGCACCCCACUGCAUAAAGUGGUCUUGGCACUGGAGCCAUGGACCAGGUACUGUGUUCAGGUCUGGGUGUACACCCAGAGGUUCUCCAAACACAGCCAGCCCAGCAAUGUUACGUGUGAGAGCACCACUAAGGGCAAUGACAGGCCUUGGGUGGUAGCCCUGGUGACGUUUGUGGUGAUGGCUGUGGCAGUGGCCCUGCUGGCCCUGGCCUUCUGGUACUGCUACAGGGUGGUCUGCUUCCUCAGACCCAAGACCAAGCUGCCUAAACAUUUCACAGAGCUGUUGGAUCCCCCGUGCUCCUCCAUCCUGGCCAUACAGAGCAGCCCCCAGCCUGAGGAGGUGUACCAUGAUCUCCUCAUCAUGCCAGAUGGGGCACAGACAAAGGAGAGCUCUAUCUGGUGGUCGGAAGAACGUAAUACACACAGACUGGCAGACAACACAGACCGUCUGGCUGUGUUCGAGAAUAUCAAAACUGUGAAUUGAGACUGAUUGACAGAUCUACAAAUAAUAUUGAAGUUAUUUAUGAUGCAAGGUGAUUUAUUGAUCAGUCAAUCUUGACUCGCCUUUAAAGUCAGCUGCAAUGUCGAACACGCCCAAAGUGGGUGGGGAAGAUAUGGGUCAAAAAUAGGAAGUGAGUAGACCGAUGUGAAGUAAGAAAAGAGGACAAGGACUGAAAUAGAUGGCAGAAAUGAGGAUGUGUAUCUUAUUGAGAAAUAAUAUUCUGACAUCUGGGAUUUAGUGAUUUUAUUAAUGUUGAUGAAAUGCUAAGAGAGCUACUUACUGUGAUGUGUUUAUUUAUGUGACCUUUACGUGUAUGAUAAUGAUCAAUAUUGCCUAUCAUUCAUUAUGGCCAUGCAUGGUAAGCCUACACUGGCAUUUUUUGGGUAUCAUGGCUAUAGGGCAACGAAAUGGUUCAACCACUGUCAUCAGAGAGACUAACAACACAGUCCAAAUUGCACAACACCAGGAGGGGAGUAUUACAUGGUCUGUGUUUAUGCCUUGAUGCACUCUGUGUUUGUGCCUAUAUGUCUCUUGUGUGACACUGUUUGUGAAGGAUAUUUAAAGGACCAAUGCAGCCAUUUUUAUCUAAAUAUCAAAUCAUUUAUGAGUAACAAUGAAAACAGAGUAAGGUACUUCAAUUAAAAUAGUGAAAAGGAAACAAAUAGCUUUUUUUAUCAAAGAGCAAUUUCUUAAUCAAGACAUUUGCUAGGACUGUCUGAGAGUGCUUUAGGCAAAAACAGAAAAUGAACUGUUAUUGGCAGAGAGGUUCGGAACUCUUUCUUAUUGGUCUAUUAACUAAUUUACCACAUGGUGAUGUCACCAUGGAAGCCCAAAACUCCAUCCUACAUAAAAAGGCUGAAAUUUCAGACGGUCUUUUCAAACUGCUCUUAUACGUAAAGGACAUUAUCAUAAUUUCACAGUAUUAUUCCAACCUCAUAGUGUGGAAAUUUAAAACACAGGUAAUUCACGUUUUUGACUGCAUUGGCCCUCAGUUGAAGGUACUCUAUUAGCACUUGGAAGAUGUCGUUUGACAUUUGAAGUCAUUUUUUUAUAGACUUUUUACCAUUUAUACUGUGGGAGACCACACACACACAAACAAGUAAAAAAUGUGCCCAACAGUUAAAAAUGACUUGCCAAGGGAAUAAAUAUAUAUUUUUAAAUGCUCAUAAA